UCUCUGUUCAGCAGAUCAAGAUCAUCACGCAAGCAAAGCAAUCACUCUCAACGCUCUCAACGCUCUUCAACACUCUCAACGCCAUCUACUACACUCAGCAAACGCACAAAACCUCUUCACCACUCUUUCUACACACCUAAAUCCAAAAUGGCGCUCUUCCCUCGUGGUAUCUACGGCUCCUACGGCUCUGACCCCAGCUUCACCAACCUCUUCCGCCUCCUCGAUGACUUUGACACCUACAGUCGCGAGGUUCAAGGCAGCGCCCCGGAGACCGGCAGCCGUCGUCAUACUCAGCCCGCCCGCACUUUCAGUCCCAAGUUCGAUGUCCGCGAAACCGAGCAGACAUACGAGCUGCACGGCGAGCUCCCCGGCAUUGAUCGUGACAACGUUCAGAUCGAGUUCACCGACCCUCAGACCAUUGUGAUCAGGGGCCGUGUUGAGCGCAACUACACCGCCGGCACCCCUCCUGCACAGGUUGCUGGCGUCCUCACCGAACAGGGCGAGCCGCAUAGCCCUGCUUCUCACCAUGCUACCGUUGAAGACGACGUCGACGAGGACAAGCGCUCGGUUGCCACCACUGCUACCGGCGCCAACAACCAGAACAACCAGCAAGUCGCCCAACGCCCAAGCGCACCUCACACCGAGGAGAAGCCAAAGGCGCCUGCCGAAAAGUACUGGGUCUCUGAGCGCUCUAUUGGCGAGUUCUCGCGGAGCUUCAGCUUCCCCGGUCGUGUCGACCAAAACGCAGUCAGUGCCUCUCUUAACAACGGCAUCCUCACCAUCACGGUUCCCAAGGCCAAGAAGCACGAAACCGUUCGCAUCGCUAUUAACUAAGCGCGAUGGGCGGACUUUUUGUACUGCACACAGUUCGGAAGAUUUCCCGGAAGGAGAGUCGGUGUGUUGCAUGACGACGGAGCAUUCCCUUCAUUCAGCAUGGCGCCCUGGUUUGGUUGAUUUGGAGCACAGCCAUGAACGAACACGGAUGAGCAUUGUUGUCAUUGAUUUCUGCUUGUUGGCAUUGCAGCUGGGAAUGAUUGGUGGAUGUUACUAUUCGACACAGAUUUGGAGGAUGAGAAAGGCGCUUGGCGAGUUUGAGGAUCAUGAGCUUCGUUGGUAGUUAUUCAGACAAGCAGUGUAAUACAGAGGAUCCUUAAUAAUGACUAAAGUUGCUUUCCCUAAC